AGCGCAUGCGCAGAGUGUGCGGACAGAUUUAAUGAGUGAUAGACGGAGCGCUGCGGACCGGACUGAGGUGUGCUGUCUGAAGAUCCUCUAACGUCUCCAUGGAUGAAGAGCCCGUCAGCAGUAAUGAUGCUCAGGACCUGAUCUCCACGCUGUCCCUGGGCUCCGGAGAGGACACCAGGAAGGGGCGGGGCCUGACUCACAACAACAACAACAACAACAACAGCAACACCGACAACAACAUGGCGCCCAACCCUCACCCCUCCUACCUGCACCGCGUGGUGACGGAGAUCAUCGAGACGGAGAGGACGUACGUCAGAGACCUGCGCAUGAUCGUGGAGGACUACCUGGCCCACAUCAUCGACGGCUGUGAGCUGAGCCUCCGCCCGGAGCAGGUCUGCGCUCUGUUCGGGAACAUCGAGGACAUCUACGAGUUCAACAGCGAGCUGCUCCAGGCUCUGGAUCGAUGUGAGAGCGACCCGGUGGCCGUCGCCCGCUGCUUCGUCAUCAAGAGCGAGUACUUCGAGAUCUACACGCAGUACUGCACCAACUACCCCAACUCAGUGGCAGCUCUGACGGACUGCAUGAGGUCUCAGUCUCUCUCUCAGUUCUUCCGGGAGCGCCAGGCGGCUCUGAAGCGCUCGCUGCCGCUCGGAUCCUACCUGCUGAAACCAGUGCAGAGGAUCCUCAAGUACCACCUGCUGCUGCAGGAGAUCCUGAAGCACUUCAACCCGCAGCAGCCGGGCUCCCAGGUGGUGGAGGAGGCCAUCUGCACCAUGACGGGGGUUGCAUGGUACAUCAACGAGAUGAAGAGGAGGCACGAGCACGCUGUGAGGCUGCAG